AUGAAAUAUUUUCUGAUUCCUGCUAACUCAUUCAAUCUGACACUUGCAAGUUUAGUAUUUUUUGUGCAAGUUAGAACAAUUAGUAACACCAAAAGUUUGGCUGUGAUGGGACAAGGAUACUGUAAAUUUUUUGGAGCGCACACAUGCUUUCAUUCAUAUAUUUUCUUAUUGGUGAGUUAAAAAAAUACACCUGAUGUGAAAGUUUAGCCCCUUUAGUUUUUCGUUACAACCAUCGGAGUGCUAAAUGUUCAUACAAUUUUCUAUCGCAUGAUUUUUAUGAAAUAUCAGGAACGGAAACUAAAAAAGCGUUAUUUAUACAUGUUUUGUAUGAAUUAUUCGAUACCUUUGAUUAUAUUAGUAAGAUCCUUCCACUAAAAUUAAAACUCACUAUCAAUUAUCAGGUACUCUCCUACAUUUCACCAAUCAAUAUGGAAGUUGUCUACAACGAAACUAUCACUCAACAUCCAGAUUACUCUUUCGAGCCAUUCGGAAAAUUUGGAGGAUUUGCAAAUUCGCAUAGUAUUUGUCAAUCUAUGGUUACAGUAGUUUUAUCGAUUUCAAUUGUAUACGCAUCGAUCUUUGGAUAUUAUUGUAGAUGGAGUUCUCUCAAAGUUUUGGAUAAGAACAAAAGCUCACUUUCAAACAAAAAUAUGAUACUAUUCAAAUCAUUGAUUCAUGUAUGUGAGUACUUUUGUUACCCGAUUAAUUUUCAUGAUUUCUAGGGUCUGACAUUACAAAUAAUAUUUCCGUUAACGUGUUAUAUACCAGUUGCAAGCUCUUUCUUAUACAACAAAUAUAGUGGGCGAGAACAAUUUAUAUUCUCUCAAUAUUUGAUUGGGAUGCUUCCAACGCUUUCUGCUAUCACGGAUCCAAUGUUAAAUAUGUAUUUUAUUGUCCCGUAUCGAGUUGCUCUACGUCGUAUAUUUUUCUCAAAAUCAGCUAUAGAAAAUCAACCACACGUAACUUUUACGAAUCGAUUGGAUGUCUUGAACGAGAGAGUUGGUUCUUAAAAACAUUUCUUGGAAUUCAACUGAUUUUUGUUAUGCAUCAAGACCUUUCUCUUCAUUCAAAUACCACGAUAAGAAUGUAGUUGCAAAGCAAAUAUAAUUGGAGGGUAGCUAGAAAAUCUCAGCAUUCUCGAUUUAUUCCCCACAAAUCUCAAAAAAAAAAUGAUAGACUCGAUUUAUAACCGACUUACUGCAAUUUAUUAUCACAUAUAUUUUCUAGUUUUCGGAAUCCCGAUGAAUUUCCUAAUGUUCUACAUGAUUUUCAACAAAACUACAAGGGUUUUCGAAUCAAUGAAAUAUUUUUUGAUACCAGCCAGCAUUUUCACUCUGACACUUUCCAGUGUCACAUUCUUUGCGCAACCAAGAGCUGUUAGUAAUACCAAGAGUUUGGCUGUAAUGGGACAGGGAUACUGUAAAAUAUUCGGAGCAGAGAUAUGUUUCCAUUCCUAUAUUCUAUUAUUGGUGAGUAUUAGACAAAUGUUAAUUGUAAUACUAUUCAAAAAUAUUCCAGACUUUUGUCAGUUUUGUUGGAAUUCUUAACGUUCAUACAAUUCUCUAUCGAAUGCUUUCAAUCAAAUAUGACCAACCAAAAUUAAUAAAGCGAUGGUUAUACAUUUAUUGUAUCAAUUAUACUAUUCCAUCGAGUGUACUAGUGAGUUUUCCAACCACUAAUUAUAGCUGAUUAAUACAUAUUUCAAAAGAUUCUCUCCCACAUUCCACCAAAAAAUAUGGAGGCAGUCUACAAUGAAACUAUCGCUGAACAUCCAGAUUACUCUUUCGAGCCUUUUGGGAAAUUCGGAGGAUUUGCUAAUUCGUAUAGUAUUUAUCAAACAAUGGUUAAUGUUGUUCUAGUAACCUCAACUGUAUACGCCGCGAUUUUAGGAAUUUAUUGUCGAUGGAACACUCUCAAAGUUUUGGAAUUGAAUCAACAAUCGCUAUCGAAGAAGAAUAUUGAAUUGUUCAAAUCAUUCAUUCAUGUAAGGAAAACUCAAUAGAAUCAAUAAUGUCUACUUCUACAUUUUUCUAGGGCUUGACUCUACAAAUCACGUUACCUUUAGCAUGCUAUUUGCCCACUUCAUUUUUCUACUACAAUAAGUACAUUGGAAAAGAAAAACUGAUAAUUUCGGAAUAUUCAGUUGGGAUUCUUUUAUCACUACCGGCAAUCACGGAUCCUAUGUUAAAUAUGUAUUUCAUUGUUCCUUAUCGAACUGCUAUUCAUAGGAUGGUUUCUCAAAAAUCAGUGGUUCAACCUGAACCGAUAGACAUGUUCACAAGUCCGCCUUCAUAA